CCUGUCCGGACUCCGGAGACGAUCUCUGUGUCAACAUCAGGAGAUGAACAACAACCAGCGGCGUUUAGCUGCUAAUCAACCAAACGGAUGUAUAAUCUGCUUCCCUGCCUGAGUGAGAACCUCACGGAGUGGUGUGUACAUCCACCUGGUCUGCAUUCAGCAGCAGCAGAGUCUGACAUGCUGAUGGAGAAAUAAGCCCCCUGAUGGAAACCCAGAGGAAGAGCUCUGGGGAUGACAGUGGUGGAGAGCGAGGCCUGCUCCACACCUGGAAGGGCUACUCUUGCAGCGUCACCCCAGAAAGACUGCUCCUCCCCCGGCCUGUCCUUCAGGUUUCCCUGGGCACACGGCACGGUGUUCUGCUGGUGGAAGGAGGGCAGGUGUACAGUUUUGGGGAGUUGCCAUGGAAGCAGAGUCAAGUGCCCGAGCCGGAGAAACCCACCCUGGAGAGCGCGCUCAGCGGCCAGCGGGUGGUCGCUGUUGCAGCUGGAAGCUUUCACAGCGGGGCAGUGACAGAGGACGGUGGCCUCCACAUGUGGGGGGACAAUGGCUCAGGUCAGUGUGGCUUGUCGGGCCUCAGCACCGUCCCCAACCCUACUCCGGUUGCUGUGGUGGACUCCGACACCAGCCCACCGCAGUCAGUCCCGGUGCUGGAGCUGGCCUGCGGGGAGCAGCACACCCUGGCACUGUCUGCCCAGCGGGAGGUGUGGGCGUGGGGCAGCGGUUGCCAGCUGGGCCUCAACGUCACCGUCUUUCCUGUCUGGAAACCUCAAAAAGUUGAGCAUUUGGCAGGCAGGUAUGUAUUACAAGUGGCUUGCGGGGCUUCACACAGCCUGGCUCUGGUGCGCUGCCUGGGCCCUCAGGACACCCACCGCCCCCCUGUGGAUAAAUGCAGACAGUGUAACCAGCUGCUGUACACCAUGACAGACAAAGAGGACCAUGUCAUCAUCUCUGACGGUCACUAUUGCCCCCUCGGUGUGGAGCUCACCGAGGACGAGGGCAUGCUGGAGGUGCCUGCUCUCACACAAGGGCUUAAAACAUCCCCGUCCGAGCCGGUCCUCCCCUCCUAUUCCUCCACCUCAGUGUCCCCAGUGCCCGAUAAAGGUGCAGAGCCCUCCUCUGACCCCACUCACCAUCAGGACUUGGACAAAGAGGAAUCAGCUUUGACUAACGGAGCACUGCCAGUCUCAGACUCUGACCCCUCGACUCAGUUGAAAGGAGGUGCUGCUUUGGGGGUCAAGAGUUCACCCUAUCCAGACGAGCAGGCUGUCAAAGACUACCUGAAGAAACUGUCCGAGGUUGAGCAGGCGGCUAAGGCGACCACUUCAGGACUGCACACUGUGCUGCCCUCAGCAGGAGGACUCGCCUCCUCCACCCAUGGCUCCACGCUCAACAGCCUGGUGGCCUCCUGCGCCUCUGCUGUGGGUGAACGGGUCGCCUCCACCUACGAGGCAUUGUCCCUGAAAAAGAUGAUGAACUUCUACCUGCCCUCGGGAGCAGCAAGGCCAGGCGGUCCGGCGGGCCUCACAGGUGUCGUGGGCGACAACAACGCAGAGCGCGUCCGCCAGGAGGACUCUAUGCAGGCGAAGAAGAGUUCCAGCACAGGGGACAUCCGCGAGGAGGAGGCCGAGGGUCUGCGGCGCCGCCUCUCACUCCCGGGACUCCUCUCACAGGGUAGAUACGCUGUUCACCUCUUAUCCUCCUCCUAUACCCUGCUGCUGUCCCCACGGCUGCUGAGGAAAGCCGGUCGUCCGAGGAUGCGUGCAGUCGCCCUCACCCCACUAGGAGGGGCGGUCCCAGAGGCCCAAGAGGUGUUUCCCACCCUGCAGACGGAGGUGUGGAGUUGGGGCCACUGUGAGCACGGACAGCUGGGACAUGGAGACAGUCUGGCCAGAUUACAGCCGCAGUGCAUCAAGAGUCUGAACAAAAAGGAGGUGGUGCGGGUGGCGGCCGGCGCUCAUCAUUCCCUCGCUCUGACCGCUCAGUCUCAGGUGUUUUCAUGGGGAAGUAACAGCUGUGGUCAACUUGGACACAUGGACUCACCCAGCACUGUCCCCCGCCUUGCAAAGAUGUCAGAGGGAAUCCGGGUGUGGGACGUAAGUGCUGGAGAGAGACACACCCUCCUGCUCGCCGACGGAGACUGCAUCCAGCCCAUCAUUUAUUACAGCGGACAGCAGGUGAAAGAAGGGGCGGAAGAGAGCCACGCCAAGGACCUGGGUCAGCAGGAAGAAGGAGAGAAAGAGGAGCAGCAGUCGGGCACCCAGCAGCCUGUACUACUACCCUUCUGCAUGAACCUGCGUUAUGUGAGCAAUGUGUUUGCGGGCGGCCAGCGGUGUGUGGCGCUCUCAGACCGGAAUGUGAUGGGCUUCAUCGCCAGCCUUCACGAGCUGGCGUCUGCAGAGAGGAAGUUUUACUGCAAACUAUGUAACAUCAAGACUCAGAUUUUACGCCCCCUGCUGGAGCUGGAGUCUCUGAGUUCAGCCCUCGGCCAGGUAGCCCUUGGGCUCCUGCAGACUCUGGCAGGCCGAUUCAGCCUCUUGUGUCACCUAACCGGGCAGCAUGCCGCCAGCCUCACUGCCAACCUGCGCCGGGGCCGCGAUGUCAAGAGCCUGCUCAUCCUAGACCACGCUGGCAUCUUCUUGGACUCUUACCAUGAGUACUGCAGCAAUGUGGGCAACUUCCAGGUGAUGGGAGGUUUCCAGACCCUGACCAAACCCUCACUGGAUUUCUUUGGGAAGAGUCCCGAGCUGCUUCAGAAGCUGUCAGAGUGCAGCGAGGAGAACCCCACCAUGGCUGACCUCCUGGUGGCGCUCUUCUACCUCCCAACUCGCCACCUUCACGAAUACGGCCGGCUGCUGCUCAAACUGGCCACCUGCUUUGAAGUGUGCUCCAGUGACUACCAGAGGCUGCAGGAUAGCUGCUCCAAGUUUGAAGCUUUGGCCCUCCUGCUGAAGAGAAAAAGAAAGGACGCCGAUUACACCUUCCAUUUCUGGAAGAGCUUCCCCGGAAAAAUGACGGACUCACUGAGGAAGCCCCACCGCCGGCUCAUCUGCGAGAGCAGCAACAAAGCUCUGACCCUGCAGAACGCCGGGAGGUUUUCCGUCAACUGGUUCAUCCUUUUCAACGACGCUUUGGUCCACGCACAGGGCGUGGCACCUUGUAAAAAUCUUUUCUCCACCCAUCACGUUUUCCCAUUGGCCACGCUUUGGGUGGAACCGAUCCCAGAGGAGAACAAUGGCCUAUAUGGCUUAAAGGUGAUCACACCAGAGGAGACGUUCACCCUGCUGGCCUCCUCUCCCAUGGAGAAGGCCAAGUGGCUUCGCUCCAUCAACCAGGCGGUGGACCAGGCCCUAAGUGGGGCAGGGCAAGACACUGCGGCAGUCAGCUCGGGGUCGGGGCAAAAGUUGGAGCCUCCCAUCUCCAGGACAGCAUCCUACACUUUUUAUAAGGACGGACGGCUGAAAGAGGCAACGUAUGAAGGACGCUGGCUCGCCGGGAAGCCCAACGGCAGGGGAGUGUUAAAAUGGCCUGAUGGGAGAAUAUACACAGGGACGUUCAAGAACGGACUGGAAGAUGGCUUUGGUGAGUUUGUCGCUCCCAUUAAGACACUCAACAAGAACGACCACUAUCAGGGUCACUGGAAAGAUGGCAAGAUGCACGGCCUGGGGACAUACAGGUAUGCUAGUGGAGAAGUUUAUGAUGGAUCCUUCCAGGACAGCAUGCGACACGGCCACGGCAUUCUGCGCAGUGGCAAGCUCAACACCUCCUCCCCCAGUGUCUUUAUUGGCCAGUGGCUGCAGGACAAAAAGACCGGCUAUGGCGUCUUCGAUGAUAUCACAAAGGGGGAGAAGUACAUGGGUAUGUGGCAGGACCACCUGCGGCAGGGCACCGGGGUCGUCGUCACUCAGUUUGGCCUGUACUAUGAAGGAGCCUUUAAAGACAAUAAGAUGAUGGGCACUGGGAUCCUCCUGUCAGAGGACGACACCACCUACGAGGGGGAAUUCUCUGACGACUGGACCCUCAAUGGAAAGGGCGUGCUUACCAUGGCUAACGGUGACUACCUGGAGGGCUCCUUCAGUGGCGAAUGGGGCUCUGGCCUCAAAGUGGCAGGGUCCUACUUCAAACCACACCUGUUCGACACCGACAAGGACAAGACCCGCCCUGUGAAGCUGGGGCGUAUGUGUGUGUGUGCGGAGGAUAAGUGGCGGGCAGUGUUUGAGGAGUGUUGGAGUCAGCUGGGCUGCGAGGUGCCGGGCCAAGGUGAUAACUGGAAGGCCUGGGAGAACAUCGCCGUGGCCCUCACCACCAGCCGACGCCACAUCGAGGACAGUCCGGAGAUGUUGUCUCGAAGUCACAGCAGAACCUUGGAGAGUCUGGAGGUUAUCCCGCAGCACGUUGGGCUGAUCAACAUGGAGAGGUAUCACACCAUCCGCCUCUACCUCCUCAAGGCGUGUGACACGCCCCUCCACCCCCUGGGCCGGCUGGUGGAAACCCUGGUGGCUGUCUACCGCAUGACCUAUGUGGGCGUUGGAGCAAAUCGUCGGCUGCUGCCUCAGGCUGUCAACGAGAUCAAAUCUUACCUCAACCGCAUCUUCCAAAUCGUCAGGUUUCUAUUUCCAGACCUGCCAGAAGAGGGUGGUCUAAUUCCAGAGCCGACUACCAGCCUUCAGGACAAGAAGGAGCCAGGCUCAACCGAUGCCUCUCUAGAGUCACCUAAACCUGGCCGUGUGGUGAGCAGCUCGGCUCUGCUGCUUCCCGUCCUGCUCCCUCGUCUCUACCCACCACUCUUUACCCUCUAUGCUCUGGACAAGGAGAGAGAGGACGACGUCUACUGGGAGUGUGUCCUCCGCCUCAACAAGCAGCCUGACUUGGCACUGCUCGCCUUCCUGGGCGUUCAGCAAAAGUUUUGGCCUGUUUCCAUUUCCGACUCCAUGCCUGCACUCGGGGAGAAGCAACCGGUCCUCUCCAGCACCAAAGACGCCUGCUUUGCCUCUGCAGUGGAAACACUGCAACAGAUCAGCACAACUUUCACCCCAUCAGAUAAGUUGCAGGUGAUCCAACUCACCUUUGAGGAGAUCACGCAGGAGGUUCAGUCGCUCCUCAAGCAGGACUUCUUGUGGUCGAUGGACGACCUUUUCCCUGUCUUCCUCUACGUGGUGCUGCGUGCACGAAUCAGGAACUUGGGGUCAGAGGUCAGCCUGAUCGAAGACCUGAUGGACCCCUGUGUUCAGCACGGAGAGCAUGGCAUCAUGUUCACCACACUGAAGGCUUGUUACUAUCAGAUCCAGCAUGAGAAGAUCACUUAAGACGAGCGUGGCGUUACUUCCUUAGUGAUCUGCGUGCUGCCACCCCACCUACCAUCACAGCCAAUCACAGGGGCCAGGGUCAUCGAGGCUUCAGGGUGAUGUGUGCAGCAGCCAAUGGGAAGAUCAUAUCAACAGGUUGCUGACAGCUCCAUCUGCUGCUGUAAUGCAGACGAGGCCACCUUCCCCUCUCUGUCUGAGACACACACACACACACACACACACACACACACUUUGCCCUUUUAGUGACCUACUACUGGCCUCGUAUCAACGGAUCAUGAAGCUACACAUGUGAAUAUUGUCAGAUAUACUGCCAGAGAUGAGCCACUUCAUACCGUCCAGUGUAUGACUUCCUGUGGAGAAACCUGACGUAGGUGACGCUGUUACCUUGGAGGACAUUCAAGCUUCACACUACUUUUUUCUUUUUAGUGCCAAUGGUAAUGAUUUGUUCUCUGGUUUCUCUGCUCACAGAGACAUACUGGACCUCAUUUUCUUCCUACAGAAGAAUCAGUUUUUCAGCAUGAAAAACAACUUUUUUCAGAUCGAGACAAUCCAUCACAUGAAGACUAAAAAGGAAAGUUCCCUUUUAGCCUUCAGUGAUUCAGAUCUUUUUCCUUCUUGUCAUUUACCUGACACUUACAUGAAGGAACGGACAUAGCAACGAAAUAAUAUCCAAACAGCAUGUUGCUUUACGAAACUGACAAACCUUUUAUGGUCUGAGACAGCAGUAUGUUUACAGCUGGUUUGUUUAAUCCAAAACAUACUUGUUGAGAUUUAGGUGACAUUUUUGCUUUAUCAGAAGUGUUUUCAAACAGUAUUUCCGGUUUUACAAGAGAAAAGACUUGAUGAAAGACUAACUGGUUGGUUGGGCAAAUGCACGUCUGGUUAACUUUCCCACCUCUGAUAAAGAGCUUUUCUACAGGAACCAUAGGGUCUAGUUUGCAGCUAGGUUUGAUACUGUAUUUAUACAAAACAAAUCAUGCACAUCAUAAAGCAUGAAUGUAAACUGACUUCGCUCUAACUCUAAAUGAUACUAAUAUUCUCCUCUUACACCAGCUGGCAGCCGAAUACAAUAAAACAGCUCCUCACCACGACUGACACUGAAAACUUUAAUGAUACAAAACUGAUUAACACAAGCUUCGACUGAAUCGUUGACUUUAAAGCACACGUUUUCCAGAUGCUCUCUUGGACUGUUAAGGGCCGUCCACACUGCGAACAAUAAUUAUAAUGAUUACAAUGUGAGCAUCCACACUGGUAAUAGUUCCUGUAAUAUUUUGUUUCAGCAUCAGCCUGCUAUCUAGUCACAUUCAUGCAAAUACACACAAGAUAAGUUAAGAGCUUAAAUGUGAUGGUGGGACCGUAAGUGGGGGUAAGAUCAGUGUUUCAAAAACACUGAAAUCGUGGCUCUAAACAGGAACUACUGGGAAGAGAAGUAUGGACUAGGAGGACCACCUUUUUACCAAUUCAACUCUGGUUCUUGAACUGGUCCCAUUCAGGAUUCAUCAACAGUCAACACUAAAUAGUUGUCUUAUUGGGAAUAAACCUCCUGCGUGAACUGUCUGUAGCUGAAUAGGGUCGUCAUUGUCAACGUAGUUGUUGUGUGGACUUGGCGAACGAUUUUUCAAACAAUAUAGUUAUUGUUAUAGUUAUCUUUCUUGGUGUGGAAGGCUCUUUUAAAGUUACAUUAGCUUCCCAGAUUUAACAGAGACUACAAAAAAAAGUAAAUAAUAGCACCCUCAAUCAAAACCAGGCAGAGAAACUGAAUCUGAGAGCCUUUUGUGUGAUUCAGGUUCCAGUUUUCAAUAUAGUUUUCACAUUUCUUCAAAAUGUAAUCAUAUUGUGGUUUGUGGUGUUAUGGACAACAAUCAAAGCUAUAAAUCCUUCUUUUUGUAACAGUGUGGACAGAGUGGUGGCUGACAUCCAGUGAAAAGAAGGAAAGAGUUUGCAUUUUGAUUGUAUUGUUGUGGAUAACACAGUGUUCAUUGCAGACAGGGAGAGAAGUCAACACAUUUCUCACCACCAUUUGAAGGUCUUAAAAUCUGUUUAUCUGUGAAACAAUGAUUGCAAAAGGUAAAUUUAUGCUUUAUCCCAGACAGUCGUUUUGAUGCAGACACUGUUUUUAUCGAUGUGAUGUUCUCUGUGCCAUCUCUUAAUGCUAACGGUUCUUUUUUUUUUUUUAAACCAUUCACAGCAAAAACUGUCACUGACAUUGUAGCUUAUUUGGGGAUUCAGAGGAUGACAGAGCCUAUUUUUUAAAUAUCAUGGCUUUUGAUUUCUUAGAUGGUGUAACAAUAGAAAAGCCAGAGGCCUCUUAAUGAAGGGACAACAUUUUGGUGAUGCAGGAAAUUGAGCAACAGAAAAGGUCAACUGCUUCAAAUUUAGAUCUAAAAUUGAAAUCUGCUGUUAAUCUACAACUUUGCUCUUUGUAUGUUAAACCUAAACUGAUGUAAAGUUUUUAAUUGGAUAUCUUUCACAAUAAUUCAAGGUCACAUGCAGUAAUAAUAUGCUUUUGCAAAUUAAUUCAAACAUCUCAGUGUGUCAGCAUUUUGAAUUGGGCCUCUCUCAUAUUUUUGUGAUUUUAAAAUGAUUGUAAUAAUGCUCUUCCAUCCCUGGUUGUGAGCUUUAUUAUUACUGCUGAGACUGUAUGUGCCUGACAUUUAAAAAAGUGAAGCAAUAUUGUCUUCAUAACUGACACACUAGAGGCAAAUAACAAAAAAACCUUCCCCCAGGUAUGACACUAUUUGUUGCCAGAAUCUUCUUUAAAACAAAAAGUUAUUGAGCUGUGUUUGUCCUCUUCCGUAUAGUGUAUAGGCUGCUGCUGCUGCAGCUGCUGCUUAAAACAAAGACAUCACAACUGACUUGCAAACCAAACUACCAAGGCAGAACAGGACGUUUGUUGUAAUGGUUGUACAUGAAGUGCUGUUUUGAAUCCAAACUGGUUAUAAAUAUAAACUGAAGACAGUGUUCAUAAGCUCAUGUUGGGUUCAUGUUUAAAACCCUGUGACAACAGUUAAUUUACUGUACCUCAAUACUAUGAUAACGCCCCACACAGGUCAUACUGUUGCACUGUGUUUAAAUGAACUGUUUUGUCAAUGGAGUUUGGUGUUUACUAGUUGACAUUUUGUAUUUCAGCUGGCUGACUCCCAACUUUAUGUAUUUCACAUGAUGUCAAAUGUAUUGUACCUUUAAAUAAUAACAAAGGGCAAUAAACUCAUCUGAUGGACGUUAUAA